UUGAAUCUUUCACCAAAAAAAAGGGAAAGACUCUCCACCAUGAGCAAAAUCCACCACCCUACCUAUCCCCAUUUUUUCCAACCCCUACUUCCCGAUUUCCUCAACAAUUUUUCAAUUCCAAAGGCUUUUCUUAAAAACUUUGAAGGAAGUACUAAGCAAAACCAACUUUGCGAGAAGAAGAUCAAGGUUGAAUUAAGGGAUAAAAGCGGGAAACGUUGGUUCGUUACGCUCGUAUUUUCAAAUGAUGAUACUAAACCACAUUUUAAAGAUGGGUGGAAGAGUUUUUGUAAGGAUCAUGAUCUGAAAGUCGGUGACUUCCUGGUUUUUAGGCAUCAAGCUACAAACCCUAGGAUCAAAAGCUCAAGUAUUGGCAACAAAGUAUUGAAAGGGAAUGGUGAUUUGGAGAUUAAGAUGGACGAAGAAGACAACAUCAACAUAGAAGGAAAUUCUAGCUUCAAGCCAUCUAGCUAUCCUUAUUGUCGUACUGUUGUCAAGUAUAGCUCAAAAUCGCACGAAAUGCCUCUUCCAAGGCAAUUUACAGAGAAGAAUGGUUUGAGUAAAAGAUGGUGUGAAAUGAAGCUAAUAGAUGAGAAAGGGCAUCCAUGGAAAAUGCUGUUGAGAUAUUACAGGUGUAAAAGUAAUGGUCAUUCCUAUAUUGGUCGUUGGAGAGCUUUUCUGAAGGCUAAUGGCCUCAAAACUGGCGAUGUUGUCAUCUUCCAACUCAUCAACAAUGGAGAAGUUCCUGUCAUCAAGUUUUACAGUAAGUUCAUUUAGUUUCUGUUGAGGGUGUAACGUAGUUAUCCUAGUUUAUUUAGCGGUUUGUUUUAUUCGUCUUUAUAUCGAGUACUAUUUUUACAUCACACCCAGAUAACGAUGAAGGUAGCUAGUGCUCCUUCCAUCUCUUAAAAAUUGUCUCAUAGAAUCAUCAAGAAUACUUUUUCCCUGUUUUUUUUUUUAAAUAACACAAUUAUUUAGGAAUGUUUGUCAAUGCACGAUUUCAAACAUUAAUAUCUUUAAUUAUGGAUAAAAAAAAUUAUAAAAAGUUGAUAUUUAAAAAAUAUUUAUUGAGACGAAUCUAAUAAGUAUAAAAAAAAAAUUGAAGUAUAAAUAAUAAUAAUAAAAAAAAGUCAAAAGAGCUUGUAUGCAUAGUGUUGAAAACUCAAAUUUAUCAUGUAAAUAAGAAUGGAGGAAAUAUUCCCCCCAACCCAAAAAAAAAACUGAAUUUAAAAACCAAAACUUGAACAAAUUUGUGGAGAUCAAUCUAUAUGCGCCAUUACACCGUAUAUUGUUGGUGAUACUGCACCUGAUGGUAACACAAGAGAGCAGGAGCUGAGUCAGCAUUACAAUGCUGGUCUUG